AGAAUCGAGCAGGGUAACAGAGCAACAGAAGACAGCAAGGAGCGGCGAGGGGACGGCUGAAUGAAAAUUCGCCUAGCUACAUCGACUGUAGUUUUAGGAAAGUGCCACCCUCCCUUCAAUAUUUCAUAAUCAAACGUUAGAUUAAAAAAAUAUCUUGCUAGUAAAAUCCUAAAAUAGCGAGGAUGUUGGUCCCCGCGGGAAGAUAAUGAAGCGGUUGCGCGUUUUGUUCGUGUGCCACAUUGUAGCUGUCCUUUGCUGGUACCCCAGAAGUCAUGUGUGUUGUUCAGAGCACAACUCGUCAGGUCCAGUUGUGUCUAGUGGAGACGGCAGCCCCCCAGAGCAUCUUCACAACCAUGAGCAUGCGCAGUACCACCGGACGGACCACAAGAUGGAGUCGCCGAGGACACACACACACUCCUCCUACGACGUGGGACUGGAGACAGAGAGGGCUGCACUAGAGGAGCCCAACACGCACAACACUGAACAGACUGUGAAUCAGGAGGAGCCUGUAGUAGUAGAGGUCUGGUCAGCUCCAGAACCACACGAUGAUCCUGAACCCCACGCUGCUGCUGCUGCUGAGCCUCACACACACACCCACCCAGAGCCCGAUACACAACUCCCUCCCCUCCAGGACCAGGCAACUCCACCCUCCUCCACCCCAUCACCCAGCGAUGACCUAGCCCAGGACCAAGCCUCCACAGACCCCCCAGCCCCGGCCGAGACCCGCAGUGAUGCCCUGGCAGAACCCAGCCCAGCCCCGGCCACAGAAGACCCCCAACACACACCUACCUCUACCUCUCACACCCCUGCUCCAGCCCCAGCCAGUGGUGAUGCUGACCCAGUAGAGAGCCAGUCAGAGCAGGAUCAAAUUCAGGCUGGUUCUGAUGCUGAUGUCCAAGCAUCUGUCAGUCCAGAGGACCCAGACCAGGACCAAAGUCUACCAGAGCUGGACCAGGGGGGAAACACCUCCCACAGGCACCAAGACACCGACCAAGACCAGCAGGCAGUGGAUGCCAGUGAUGCCAGCGCUAUUGAGACGGACCCCUCAGUGCCCAGUAAGGAGGACAUCCCAACCUUCGACGAGUGGAAGAAACAAGUCAUGGAGGUGGAGAAAGAGAAGACUCUGUCCCUCCAUACCUCUUCAAGUGGAAGCCCCCCUGUGAAGAAGGUGCAGAAGAACUUUAAAAACAACUAUGCUUCUGUGGAGUGUGGAGCUAAGAUGCUGUCAGCUAACCCAGAAGCCAAGAGUACAUCUGCUAUCCUCAUGGAGAAUAUGGACCUGUACAUGCUGAAUCCCUGCAGCAUCAAGAUCUGGUUUGUGAUAGAGCUUUGUGAGCCCAUCCAGGUGAAACAGUUGGACAUCGCUAACUUUGAACUCUUCUCCUCCACACCUAAAGACUUCCUGGUCUCCAUCAGCGACAGGUAUCCCACCAACAAGUGGUUGAAGUUGGGAACGUUCCACGCCCGUGACGAGCGCACCGUCCAGAGCUUCCCAUUGGACGAACAGCUCUAUGCCAAAUACAUCAAGAUGUUCAUCAAGUACAUAAAGGUGGAGCUCGUCUCCCACUUUGGAUCAGAACACUUCUGUCCCCUCAGCCUCAUCAGGGUGUUUGGUACCAGUAUGGUGGAGGAAUAUGAAGAGAUUGCAGAUUCUCAGUACCCCUCAGAGAGGCUGGAAUACCUUGAUGAGGAUUAUGACUACCCUCCUGGGUACCUCCACUCUGAGGACAAGGGGUCUAAAAAUCUGCUGGGCUCUGCCACAAAUGCCAUUCUCAACAUGGUCAACAACAUAGCAGCCAAUGUUCUGGGAGGCAAGCCUGAGGGAGGAGCACAGAUAGAAGCCAACACAUCAUCAGAAGCCCAGAACGAGACCGAGGGGAACAAAGAUGUGCAGCUCACCCCAACUCCAACCCCCACCACCACUCCUCCAGCUGUGGAGACGGUGGAGCCAGACUACCCUGCUCCCCAGAAGGACCCUGAGGUCCCUCUCUCCUCCCCUGACUCCCCCCUGCUUCCCCCCUCCCCGGAGGAUGGACAGAUCGUGACUCUGGUGGAGGAGGAGGAGGAGCCCCCACAGUCCACUGUGACUCUGAUGGAGGAAGAGGGGGAUGAUAACGAGCAGGAGGAGAGAGAGGAACAGUGGAUGAGGGAGAGGGAGAGCCAGCUGUACUGUCCACUCUCUUCCGUCUCUUCUCUUUCUUGUGUGGCCACACUGCCAGAGUUGCUACAGCGCUGGUGUGACGCUCACCUCGCCAGAGAGAGGCAGCAAGACAUACACACACACCCCCCUAUACAGGUCCCUGUCCCUACCCCCACACACACACAGGAAGCCCCAACACACACAGAGACGGUUCCUGAGCCUGAGACUGCCCCCCAGGCCCAAAAUGAGGGGCUACCCCCUUUAGACUCUCAAAAUCACACCCCUCACAUCGACACACACCCCGUGGACCCUAUCAUUUUGCUGGAGCCUAGCCGGACCUCUACCCUGCCCCCCCACAGCUUCUCUCAAACCUCCCUCUGCAAACCCACCCCUACCCAGGAUGAAGCUCCCCAGCACCCCAGCCAAGAAGACCCUGUCCCCCCUCCAGCCCUGCAGGGAGCCCCCGUCCCGGAGACUCAGCAGGCCAGCACCCCCACCCCCACCCCUACUCCCAGCUCCACCGCCCCCCUACACCUACCAACCUCUGAGACAGCCUCCCUGGACCUCCCUCCACCCCCCCUAAAGGAGCAACCAGUCCAGCCCCUUCCCACAGCCUCUAGACCUGCAGACCUCCCCCCUCCCACUGACCUCCCUGUCACCCCUCAGCCUGACACACCCAGGGCUGGGACAGAGAGUGGAGAUAUCCAGGGUCAGGGGGAGCAGGGAGACGCCUCUGCCCAGCCAGCAGAACACCUGCGUGGGGAAGAAUCCAUGGAAGACCUGCUGCUUAGCGUCCCGGUGGCCGCUAACGGACAUUUGCACCGGACGGCUACAGACUUCUACGCUGAGCUGCAGAGCGCGGGGGAGUACAUUGGAGGGAAUGGGAACGGAGGGGUGAACGGAGGCGUGAACGUGCAUGGCUCCAGUCAGAAGGAGAGUGUGUUCAUGAGGUUGAACAACAGGAUCAAAGCCCUGGAGAUGAACAUGUCCCUCAGCAGCAGAUACCUGGAGGAACUGAGCCAGAGGUAUCGUAAGCAGAUGGAGGAGAUGCAGAGAGCGUUCAACAAGACCAUCGUCAAACUGGAAAACACCUCCCGCAUCGCUGAAGAACAGGACCAGCGGCAGACAGAGUCUAUCCAGAUGUUACAGGGCCAGCUGGAGAACGUCACCAAGCUGAUGAUCAACCUCAGCAUGACUGUCUCACAGCUACAGAGAGAGGUGUCUGACCGACAGAGUUACCUGGUGGUGUCUCUGGUCCUGUGUCUCUGUCUGGGCCUGGUGCUCUGCCUGCAGUGCUGCUGGAGCGCCAACACACACACUGUCACACACACCGCAGUCAACCACUACCCCAGCCCCAAGAGGUGUUUCUCCUCCUAUGAUGAUUUGAGUCUGAAGCGGAGGGUAUCGUGUCCUCUCCUACGCUCCAAGUCCUUCACCUUUCCUACUUCAGAAGUAGGCCCUGACGACCUUUACAUUGUUGAACCUUUAAGGUUCUCACCAGAGAAAAAGAAGAAACGAUGUAAACUGAAGGCAGCAUUAUCAGCCCCCUCUUCGCCGAUGGCUAACGGGGGACUCAAAUGCUAUGGUCUCCCCCACUCCCUGAAUCCCCCUCCCCCUCUAGAAGACAUGUCCUGUAAGGAGCUCCCCUUCCCAUCAGAGAGUAGCAGCUGUAGCUCCUCCAGCCACUCUGAAGAGUCCUACAUCAGCCGAGGCCACCCCCUCUCCUCCCCCCCAGGCCUGUGUAAUGGCCACGCUGCCCUGCCCCUCCCGCCCUACCUUCCCUCCCUCCCUCCCUCUAAGAGGUCAGUGAAGCAUCGGCGGUCUCGUCAGGCAGAUCUGCAGUUCUCCUCCAGACAGACAGGAGGCGCUGCUGUGAACUCUCUGCACAGCCUGCAGCAGCUGAUCAAGGGAAACAAGGAGAUCAGUGUGGGGACCAUAAGAGCCACGGCAGUCACAGGACACGUCUGAUCUCACACACACACACACACACUUCAGACUGACUCAUAUACACACACCCUGGUAGCAGACUUGGUUAGGGAUGUGUGAAAGGGUGUGGUCUUGCCCCAAAAUGGCCACAUCUCUGAACCACAUCUCCCAUGAGCACCCGGCCCCCCACAGUGGAACUCGGACACCAUGAUAUUAGUCACCCAGCAACAGCCAUUCAGAGACCUCUCCACGGUCAUGUGCCUUUCUGUCCACUCUAAAGCUUUCACUGAUAAAAACACUCAAAGGGUUGUUCUUUUUCUUUUCAGAGCGAGACUAAUGGUGAGGAGUGUUACUAGAAAACAGACAUUCAUUCAGCUGUUUCUACUGGACAAGCACAUCAGACCUGGGCGUCAGGGGCUUGUGCCCAGAGUAGAGGGGCUGAGUAGAGCUCUUACCUGAAGCCUGUGAAAGUACAGUAUGAAGUGUGUCGCAGUGAGAGAACUGUGCAGCAGGAUUGGCUUCUUCUUUAAGCUCUCCCUCUUUCCUCCUGUCCUCCAUUUCCACAUUCUGUUCAUUCUCUGUGCAUUGUUCAGCGCUAGCUAACACUACUGCAGUUGUUCGUAUGGGACCAGGGUGUUAACCCUUCACACACAACAGGCCCUCUGUCUCCCUUUCUCAGGCAGUCUAACCUAACACCACGCAACCAGCAGAGCUCAAUGAAGACACAUACCCAAUGUGUGCGUUGGUGUGUGUGUGUGCAUGCAAGUGUUCCUGUCUCUAGCCCAUGUUUAUCCAGCUCUGAUACAAAGGAACAGGCUCCAUACCUCUUGAACUAGUUAACCUAGCUAUUCUCCAGUCAGACCUCCAGUGUGUGUGUGUCGUGCGUGCGCACACAGAGAGCCAGCCAAGAGGACAGGGAUGUUGUGCUGUAUAGGCUGGUUAUUUCUGCACAUUGUGACAGGUCAGAACCCAGUCAGAGUUGGGUUGUUUUAUAUUGAGCUGUACAUGAGCCAUGCUGAGAGCUGAAUGUUGUCUGAAGAUCACACACCCGCUGUUGGUAGAAGUUGCCUCUAGGAUCUGCUUUCCCUCCCCCAAUGAUAACCAUUCAUAUCAGCAGUGCAAUGCAACAGUGACCUUUCGGUCAGUGACACGGGGUAAUGUCAGUCUGGAGGGCAGAUCCCCUGAGGUCCUGUAGGGGAUGCUGUGAGGCUAGUUAUUUAUGUUCUGGCCUCAAAACCACCCUAUCAUACUGUAGCCCAGGGGAAACACAUGGUACGUGUUACAGAAUAAUAAUGAUUGCAAUUAAAACAGAGGUAGGUGUAUUGUACACAGCAUUUUACUGUCGCAUACUGUAUGAUUGUCGCUGGCUGCCCGACACCAGUUCACCUCCUGACCAAUAUUUGUUUUGUGUUUUCAAAGCUAUACAGACAACAAGGUAUCAUCCACCUUUUGUCUGUCAUAUUUAGAGGUGGCUGAAUCAUCUGGUGUUUGCAGAGUUGCCUCCACUGUCACACCUGCACACACACACCAUCGUGUUAAUUAGAACUCAACGAGGGCUGUAACAGUCCCAAUAACUGCUGGGGUCGUAUAUGAACCAGCUUCACCUCACGAGUUAGUGUUAUGGGAAGAUGAAGUUAACACAAAUGUUUGAAGUCAAUUUGUUUGUCUCUAGAUGUCUGUGCAAGGAUGUGAUUGGGACAGCUUAGGGCAAAAGUCAAUUUGAAUAAGUUGCGGAUGUGAAAAAUCACCUCAGUGUACUAUACAUCUGUGCCAGUGGUCAGAUGGCCUCUGAGCCAUGUUGGGUUGGUUGUUGUGGCCUCUGAGC